ACUACAUUAUCUAUAACAGUUGAUAGAAUAUGGCACUGUAUUAGCAAGGGGGGCCCCGUGCGUGAUGGACGUUGGGGCCCCGUGCUGGACGAACCCUAAGCAAUCCCCCCGGCAGUAUCAAAAUUUAAGUUGAAAUGUUACAUAAUCCAAGACGGAUGCCGGGUACCCCCCGGUAAUUAUGUACAGAAGGCUUCAAUAAUUCUUACUGCUUAGAGCCUCCGACACUGUAAACCCGCCACUGCGCCCGAGUCACUCUGUCCUAUUCGAAAAGUUAUUAUUUUAAUUGCGCUACUUUUGCAGUACGAAUCCACUGAAUCGAGAACACUUGCAGAAAGUUAAAUGCUCAAUUUGGGAUAAUAACGCCUCCGUUAUUCUUAAACCCGUUUUCGGUUUAAGGCUUAGGACUCUAAAGGCCUUCAGACUUCAGGACUCUUCGCAUGGCCUGGUCCGAGUUCCGCCGUCUACAGUAUAUGUUUGGUGUAGAUCAAUUUGUCAAGUAAAAGCAGUUCAGUUUCGUGAAAGUUAUGUCUCAAGGACGCAGAGAGUAACGGUUUCAGUUGUAUUAUCCUGAGUAUAAAAACCGAUGGUCUCAAUACCAGACGGCACAAUCACAAACAGCCUCAACCAGUAAACAGUUAUGUUCCAAUAAUGGCAUUCAAAUUUGUUCUGUUCGCUACUCUGGUAGCUGCCGCCAGCGCUGGUCUGCUUCCUGUGGCUCACCAUGAAUCGAUCGCUACGUCUCACUCCACCAUCCAGCACCAUGCUGCUCCCGCUAUCCAUCAUGUCGGAUCGGUCCACGCCGCCCCGGCUAUCUACCAGCACUCGGCCCCGGCUAUCGUCAAGACCAUUGCUCAGCCCACGAUCAUCAAGUCGGUAGAGCACCACGCUCCGGCCAACUACGAGUUCUCGUACUCCGUCCAUGACGAGCACACCGGAGACAUCAAGAGCCAGCACGAAACUCGCCACGGAGACGAAGUCCACGGACAGUACUCGCUGUUGGACUCCGACGGUCAUCAGCGCAUCGUCGACUACCAUGCUGAUCAUCACACCGGAUUCAACGCCGUCGUGCGCCGUGAGCCAUCGGCUGUGAAGAUCGCUCAGCCCGUGCACAAGGUGAUCGCCCAGCCCGUGCAUGUGUCCAGCUAUGCCCAUGCUCCAGUAGCUCACGCCACUGUCCAGCACCACCAUGCUGCCCCGAUCGCGCACUACUCCGCACCGAUCGCGCACCAUGCUGAUCCGAUCGCGCACUACGCUGCCCCGAUCGCGCACCACGCUGCUCCGAUCGCGCACUCAACCUCCAGCAUCGUCCAUGGACCGAGCCAUCUGAGCCAUCAUCAUUACUAAGAAUCAUUCUAGUGGUGUAAUAAGAACUUCAGUAACAAAACAGAUAGUUUAUAAAAGCAUAAAUAAAAAGCGAUCUAAAAUUAUA